AUGUUAGAGUCUUUUAAUUUAGUGAACCAAUGCUCAGAGUUUUUGGUGAAGGGGGAGGAAGUUGAGGUGCGCAUCGCUCCAAAUUUUGAUGGCUAUGGGGCAUUCGAAGAAAACAUGAGUAAUUGUCUCCUCAGCCCCUUUACAUACAGAGCAGGUAAUGUCAAUGUUAAGGCCACUUUGAUGCAGAUAAUUUUUGGUGGGGAGCCGAACUUUGGCCUUCGCGUUCGCGAGAGGGCUCUCGCGUUCACGAAGGGAUGGAGUAAAUGGGAGCAGCUGGGUCCAGGUUCGAUUGUGCUUCGCGUUCGCGAGCUAGGAGACGCAUUCGCGAUGGUCUGGGAAGCUGAAGCUUCGCGUUCGCGUGCUAGAGGUCGUGUUCGCGGAUUAAUCCCCGCUACAAUUGGUUCACUUUCUAGUUUACAAGUAAUUUCGCUAUCGCAAAAUCAACUAUCUGGGGUGGUCCCUGCAUUAUUUUUCUGUAAUGGGUCAUCUGUCAAUGCUCCUCAUGCUAUUAGGAUCAUUGAGUUUAGAUUGGCUAACAAUACCUUAACUGGUGAAGUUCCUGAGAGUAUAAUGAAUCUUGCUUCAUUGGGGAUACUUGACCUUGGUGGGAAUAGGUUUUCUGGUUUGAUUCCAAAGUUUUUGGGUAAUUUGACAAGCUUGAGAAUGUUGUCUCUUAGUGGGAGUAAUUUUCAGCAAGUUUGGGGAGUCUUUAUCAGCCAGUUUGGUAAUCGAGAAAGAACUGAAGUCGGAAAGUGA